AUGAAGUUACAGUUUAAAAAAUUAUUGGUUAUUGUACCAUUAAUAGUCCAAGCUCAAACAAUUCCUAAAGACGACAAGGAGGCACAAGUCCUGUCAAGUUCCUCUAACUUAAGUUUUAUGUCUACUAGUAAUUGGUGGCCAUUCGAUAGAGGUGAUUCAUCUUCAUCGUCGCACCUAUCUUUAGUUUCUACCCUUACCAGCAUUUUGGCGGAUGUUGCAAAAAUUAUUACGCUUCAAAAUAUACAAAUUAUGGAAUCAAAAACUGCCAUUGAAGAAGAACCCACAGAAACUAAGCAACCCAUUGAAGUAGUUGAAAAGAGAGACUUAGUGGAUGAUUUACUUGUAAAAGUAUUCACAGCUUUAAAGGAUUCAGGUUUGGUCACAAGUAUUGUUAAGAUGUCUUUGACAGAUGAUGAAGUUCGACCUGCAAUUACUGAAAUCACUAUUGACCUUAUUGAAGCAGACGUGAUUCCCUAUGAAGAAGUAUUCGUUGCGCUAAAAGACUCCGGUUUAGCAGUGGAUGUUAUUCGAAACAUUCUCUUGGAUCCUGAAACCAGAGAGGGUGCAGUUCUUUUGAUCAGGGAGAUGGUACCUGAGUUGAUGAAGCCUACACCGGUAACAUCACUCAACAGCAUUGAAUCGAUUCACGCUAUAUCUUACAAUAAUACUUCUCAAUACUAA